AUGAUGCAGCAGGCUUCCCAGUCCGCCAAAAGUGCGUGUGGUGGUCUCGUACAGCUGAUCGGGCAACUACAAUGCUGUGUGCUGUUUCGCGGUACCAGCAUCACUGCGAUCUGCUACAGCACCAAGUCUAACCUCGACCUACUUGGUCUUGACUGGAUUAAGCAACUUGGAUUGGCCGAUAUGCCGCUCCGCGUUGUUUGCAGUCAGGUGCAGAUUCCUACUGUGCUUGCAGACCAAGCUAGAGACAUUCUCCAGCUGUUUGCCCCAAUGUUUCAAGACGGCCUGGGUCGUUGCACAUACACUCAGGCUGUGCUACAUCUGUCUCCUAGAAGUCAACCAGUCUUCCAUCCAAAGCGACCAGUCCCAUAUGCAGCCCUACCACUUGCCGAGGCUGAACUGAAGCGUCUACAGGAACUGGGAGUUCUGGUUCCUGUAUCCUACUCCGACUGGGCCGCUCCAGUGGUUGUGGUUAAGAAGCUCAGUGAUUGGAUUCGCGUUUGUGCUGACUUCUCCACUGGUCUCAAUGCCGUGCUGACGCCGAACUGCUAUCCACUGCCGGUUCCAACUGAUCUUUUGACCCUGCUGAAUGGUGGUACUUGCUUUGCCAAGUUGGUUCUCGCUGAUGCGUAUCUGCAGAUCGAGGUCGCCCAGAGUCGCGCGAAUUGUUGACCAUCAACACCCACCGCGGUCUGUCCCAAUAUACCAGGCCGCAUUUUGGUGUCAAGACCGCCCCGGCCCUAUUUCAACAAACGAUGAACGCAAUGCUCUCCGGCAUCCCUGGCACAGCUGGGUACCUAGACGACAUGAUCAUCGUGGGUCGCUCCCCUGCCGAGCUGCAAGACCGAGUGUGCGCAGUACUCGAACGCGUGCAGGAAUAUGGCUUUCGCCUACGAUCCGACAAGUGCCAAUUCUUCCUCGAUUCCAUCAAGUACCCUGGAUUCGUUCGUGGCGUCACUGGUCGCCAUCCAGAUCCUGAAAACAGUCGGGCCAUCCAACGGAUGCCUGCCCCAAGAAUGUAUCGCAACUUCGUUCGUUCCUUGGCCUGA